GGGGCCGGACGGGGAAAGGGAAGAGGAGGUCGCCGGUCUGCCCGGCCCGGCUCCAGCUCUGGCAGCUGAGUUUGGGAGCUGAGAAGUGAUUUUUUUUUUUUAAUUUUUUACUUUAUUUUUUAAAUUCCCGAGAUCAGAUGGCUGGCGUGGAAGCACCGCCCGUCUCCACCCUUCGGAUCUGUGCUUGGCUCUUCUCUUGCUUCUUGGGACUCGGGAUCGUCGUGCUGUGAUGCGAGCCGGGGGAGGACUCGAUCACCUACCCAACCUGGAUCUCACCGCAUUUUGGACAUGACUGAGCCUGUUCAAUGGGCCAGAUACCACUGGCAGCGGCUGAUGGGCGGUCCAAACAGGGACGAGGAUGAGAGGCCGUACAGCUAUUCCUCGCUGCUUGCCUGCGGGAGCAAGUCCUCUCAGACCCCCAGACUGGCAGGAAGGCACCGGAUUGUUGUUCCUCACCUCCAGCCCUUCAAGGAAGAGUAUGAAAAGUUCUCUGGAACCUACGUGAAUAACCGAAUCCGAACGACAAAGUACACGCUUCUGAAUUUUGUGCCAAGAAAUUUAUUUGAACAGUUUCACAGAGCCGCCAAUUUAUAUUUCCUGUUUCUAGUCGUCCUGAACUGGGUGCCUUUGGUAGAGGCCUUCCAAAAGGAAAUUACGAUGCUGCCUCUGGUGGUGGUCCUUACAAUUAUCGCAAUUAAAGAUGGCUUGGAAGAUUACCGAAAAUACAAAAUUGACAAGCAGAUCAACAACUUAUUAACCAAAGUUUACAGUAGGAAAGAGAAAAAAUACCUUGAUUGCUGCUGGAAAGAUGUUACUGUUGGGGACUUUAUUCGCCUUUCCUGUAACGAGGUCAUUCCUGCAGAUAUGGUCUUACUCUUUUCCACGGAUCCAGAUGGGAUCUGUCAUAUUGAGACUUCUGGGCUUGACGGAGAGAGCAAUUUAAAACAGAGGCAGGUGGUUCGGGGAUAUGCAGAGCAGGACUCUGAAGUUGAUCCUGAGAAAUUCUCCAGUAGGAUAGAAUGUGAAAGUCCAAACAAUGACCUCAACAGAUUCCGAGGCUUCCUAGAACAUUCCAACAAAGAACGCGUGGGUCUUGGGAAAGAAAAUCUAUUGCUUAGAGGAUGCACCAUUAGAAACACAGAGGCUGUUGUGGGCAUUGUGGUUUAUGCAGGCCAUGAAACCAAAGCAAUGCUGAACAACAGUGGCCCCAGAUAUAAGCGCAGCAAAUUAGAAAGAAGAGCAAACACAGAUGUCCUCUGGUGUGUUCUGCUUUUGGUUAUAAUGUGUUUAACUGGCGCAUUGGGUCAUGGAAUCUGGUUGAGUAGAUAUGAAAACAUACCCCUUUUCCAUAUCCCUGAGCCUGAUGGGCAUGUCAUAUCACCAGUGUUGGCAGGAUUCUACAUGUUUUGGACCAUGAUCAUUUUGUUACAGGUCUUGAUUCCCAUUUCUCUCUAUGUUUCCAUUGAAGUUGUGAAGCUUGGACAAAUAUAUUUUAUUCAAAGUGAUGUGGAUUUCUACAAUGAGAAAAUGGAUUCUACUAUCCAGUGCCGAGCCCUGAACAUCACGGAGGAUCUAGGACAGAUUCAGUACCUCUUUUCUGAUAAGACAGGAACCCUCACUGAGAAUAAGAUGGUUUUUCGAAGAUGUAGUGUGGCAGGCUUUGAUUACUGUCAUGAAGAAAAUGCCAAGAGGUUAGAGUCCUAUCAGGAAACUGUCUCUGAAGAUGAGGAUCUUGCAGACACUCCCAGUGGCUCCCUUGGCAAUAUGGCGAAACCGAGGGCCCCCAACUGCAGGAUGGUUCAUCACGGGCCUUUGCGAAGUAAAUCCUCCAAUCAUCUUGCUGGGAGCUGUUCUGCUCUAGGAAGUGCAGAAGGAGCCAGCGAAACGCCUCAUUCCAGACAGGCUGCUUUCAGUAGCCCCAUCGAAACAGAUGUGGUGCCAGACACCAGGCUUUUGGACAAAUUUAGUCAGAUUACACCUCAGCUCUUUGGUCCCCUGGAUGAGACGAUCCCAGAUCCACCGCAGGAGAGUUUGUGCAUCAUUGACUUCUUUAUUGCUUUGGCAAUUUGCAACACAGUAGUGGUUUCUGCUCCUAACCGACCACGACAAAAGAUCCGACUCUCUUCAUUCAGUGGAAUGCCCAUGAAGUCUUUGGAAGAGAUUAAAAACCUUUUCCAGAGACUGUCUGUCCGAAGAUCAAGUUCACCAUCUCUCGCCAGUGGGAAGGAGCCAUCUCCUGGGGCCCCGAACGCCUUUGUGGGCAGACUCUCCCUCUUCAGUCGAGUGAAACCGGCCCCACCUGCGGAAGGAGAGGCCUCCCAGACAGCCGGGAGCCCGCAGGGCCCUGGUAGCUCCGCUUGCCCUGCAGAAGUAGAGAGACAAAACGGUGAUGCAGGCGUCACCAAUGGCAAGGUGGACGCCCUCCCUGGACAGCCCUGGACCUCCGGUCUGUGUUACGAGGCGGAGAGCCCCGACGAGGCAGCCUUGGUGUAUGCCGCCAGGGCUUACCAAUGCACUUUGCAGUCCCGGACACCAGAGCAGGUCAUGGUGGACUUCGCUGCUCUGGGACCGUUAACAUUUCAACUCCUACACAUCCUGCCCUUCGACUCAGUAAGGAAAAGGAUGUCCGUGGUGGUCCGGCACCCCCUUUCCCACCAGGUGGUGGUGUACACAAAAGGUGCUGAUUCUGUAAUCAUGGAGUUGCUCUCCGCGGCUCCCCCAGAUGGCGCAAGUCUGUCCAAACAACAGGUGAUGAUAAGGGAGAAAACCCAGAGGCACUUGGAUGACUAUGCCCAGCGAGGCCUGCGCACUUUAUGUAUAGCGAAGAAGGUCAUGAGUGACACUGAAUAUGAAGAGUGGCUGAGGAAUCAUUUUUUAGCUGAAACCAGCAUUGACAACAGGGAAGAAUUACUGCUUGAAUCUGCCAUGAGGUUGGAGAACAAACUGACUUUACUUGGUGCCACUGGCAUUGAAGACCGUCUGCAGGAGGGAGUCCCCGAGGCUAUCGAUGCCCUUCACAAAGCCGGCAUCAAGAUCUGGAUGCUGACAGGGGACAAGCAGGAGACAGCUGUCAACAUCGCCUACGCGUGCAAGCUGCUGGAGCCAGAUGACAAGCUCUUUAUCCUCAAUACCCAGAGUAAAGAUGCCUGUGAGGUGCUGAUGGGCACAAUUUUGAAAGAACUCCAGAAGAAGAAUCCAGUCUUUCCAGAGCAAGCAUCUUUAAGUGAGGAUGUACACCAGCCUUCUGCCCCCCGGGUCUCAGGGCUGCGGGCUGGGCUCAUUAUCACCGGGAAGACCCUGGAGUUCGCCCUGCAGGAGAGCCUGCAGAGGCAGUUCCUGGAGCUGACUGCUUGCUGUCAGGCUGUGGUCUGCUGCAGAGCCACACCCCUGCAGAAAAGCGAGGUGGUGAAAUUGGUGCGCAACCAUCUCCGGGUGAUGACCCUGGCCAUUGGUGAUGGUGCCAAUGACGUUAGCAUGAUACAAGUCGCAGACAUUGGGAUAGGGAUCUCAGGUCAAGAAGGCAUGCAGGCUGUGAUGGCCAGUGACUUCGCCAUUUCUCAGUUUAAACAUCUCAGCAAGCUCCUCCUUGUCCACGGGCACUGGUGUUAUACACGACUGUCCAACAUGAUUCUCUACUUUUUCUACAAGAACGUGGCCUAUGUGAACCUCCUUUUCUGGUACCAGUUCUUUUGUGGGUUUUCAGGAACAUCCAUGACUGACUACUGGGUUUUGAUCUUCUUCAACCUCCUUUUCACAUCUGCCCCUCCCGUCAUCUAUGGUGUUUUGGAGAAAGACGUGUCUGCGCAGACCCUCGUGCAGCUGCCUGAACUUUACAAGAGUGGCCAGGAAUCAGAGGCAUACUUACCCCUCACCUUCUGGAUCACCUUGUUGGAUGCCUUUUAUCAAAGCCUGGUCUGCUUCUUUGUGCCUUACUAUACCUACCAGGGCUCAGACAUUGACAUCUUUACGUUUGGAAACCCCCUGAACACAGCUGCUCUGUUCAUCAUCCUCCUUCAUCUGGUCAUUGAAAGCAAGAGUUUGACGUGGAUCCACAUGCUGGUCAUCGCUGGUAGCAUCUUGUCUUACUUCUUCUUCGCCUUGGCUUUUGGAGCCCUGUGUGUCACUUGCAACCCACCCUCCAACCCCUACUGGAUUAUGCAGGAGCACCUGCUGGACCCAGUCUUCUACUUCGUCUGUGUCCUCACGGUCUGCGUCGCUCUUCUCCCCAGGUUUAUCUACCGAGUUCUUCAGGGAUCCCUGUUUCCGUCUCCACUCCUGAGGGCUAAGCACUUGGACAGACUGACUCCAGAGGAGAGGACUGAAGCCCUCAAGAAGUGGAGAGGGGCUGGGAAGAUGGGUCAAGUGAUGUCUAAGUGUGCUGACGACUCAGCUGCCAAGUCAGAGAGAGGAGCCAUGAGCGGCCCUUCUGUUGUCUUUGCCAUGAUGUCAGCAACUUCUUGUGCUGUUGAGCAAGGAAAUGUACAUGAAACUGCCUUGGACUCAGACUGUUGUGAAACUAAGACCUCAUGGGUGGCUGGACCCUCAAACGGUUAAAAAGGCAGGAUACCCUCUUUGGAGCUGCAAGUAUUCCUUCGAGUUUGGAAGAGGACUUAGAAGAGGCACCUCUACCAAGCAGGAGUGACUUGGAUUUUCCUUAAGGGUCAUGAAUAUGUUACUGGUUUGAAAGAGCCAGCGUGAUGACGUGAUGACCUUGAUGGUAUGUUCAUAGAUGCAUUCGUAAGAAAGGAUAGAGUUUGACCUAGACAGAGUUUAAGGAAUUAAAGUAUUUAAUUCAGAAUCAAAUGUUUUUUUAUGAAACAUUUUGGAUUUUAUGAGAGCAUUUUAAUUGUCUUAGACAUAUAAGUGUUUUCACUUAUUUGAGAUAUAUUUAUUUUACUGUGAGACCUCAGAUUCAAGAGAAAUGCUUUAACUGAGCAGACUCCAAUCUGAUUUGAUUUUUUUAAGAAAAAAAAAAUGUAGUUUGAUUAGUUGGAAUUCAGAGAGUUCCACUUUUUUUUAAAAAAAGUUAUAAACGGCUAAUUUCCAGAGGAAAAAAGUUACAAGAGCCCUUUAAACAACAAUGUACCUAAAAUAGAAUAAUAAAAUAUAGUUAGUUAUUAAUAGCUUUUUAUUUCCUAUGAGAUGUUUUUGGUCUUCUGACUGAAGAUGCUAGGCAUACCUCUCUGUUCAUUUCAGUGUUCUCCUGCGGUGGGGCCUUCAUUGGGAAGGGGCAAGAGGGAGGCUAGGCCUCCAUCAGGUAAUGGGCCAAUCUGUGUGCAGAUGUUAAUUGGGGAACAAAAGCCAUGGGUAAGACACAGAAUCAGCUGAGCCUGUGGGCCAUUUAGCACUAUCCUGUUGUAUCCUAAAACUGACAGUAGCCUGAUCAAGAUGAGACAAUCAAUUUCAAACAAUCAUCAAGAGACCAUUUGAGGGUUCAUAGUCCUUGCAAUGCCAUACAACUUUUUGGGGUUGUAAACUCUAAAAAUGAGCUAGGAAUUGAGACCAGGACAGGUGGUUCUCAGAAGGAUUCCAUGAGGUUCUUAGAAAAAUUGUAUUUUAAUACAUUUUAGGGCAAAUACCUAUAGCAGGUUAACUGCUGUUGCAAAUCAUGUAUGCUGUCUUUUGUUGGAACAAGAAACUAGUUUAUACCAAAUAAGGUCAGUUAUAAGAUCAUGUAUUCUUGUUGAGUUCUUUUAAAAUUCUACAUCGGUUCAUCUGAAAAUUGUCAGCCACCAAUCACCCAGAAUUCCCUUCAUGAAAUCUCCGUGCUAAUGUUUUGUUUCUAUAUCAAAGUUGUCUUAAUGACUAUUAAACUAUUAUUCUCAGGACUUUAUCUUCUA